CACGUGUGGGAAAACAUUAUCAGAAACCAGCUCGAUUUAAGUAGAAACUCUGAUGUCAUAAUUCUUAAUCACGCUGUAAAGACAUCUAAAUUGUUCAGUGCGGUUCUUGAAUGCACCCCACUUCCUCAGUGUGCCAGUGCACUUCAGGAAAGGUUUUAUUAUUGAAACUCUAGUUCAGUCCCGUGACAACCGACAACAGAGUCUAGCUGUAAGUGGCAUGCCUUUAGAGUUGCCUUUUAGGCACCAUAGCGUAAGGUAAAGUAGUGUUUUCGGUUAUUUUAGGCACACCCGUUAAGUUCUCUUGUAAUGAAACAUUUAACGAGGAAGAGCAGCAGCAGUCAGUCACGCUAGCUAGUGUAGCACGCGCACUGUAACCAAGGAAACAAAAACGGAAAGAACACAAACGGCUGAUGGCGCGUUAGCGUUACAUUUAUUGUUUGUAAAAAAUGGAUUAUGAUCACACAAUGACAAAAACACGACCCGAUUCUUCCGAGUCUCCGGCUGAAUCCCCUGAAAGUAUUGGGAACACCAACAGGGGCGUGAAUGCAUCUCCUUCCUGUUACUAUGAUUCGUUGAGUCCCUCACAAACAGGAUAUGCUAAAAAGGAAUUUAUUAUGAUGGCACCUGAAGAAAAGCUCAAACACUUUGACAGCCGAGCCCAGGCCUUUGAAGACAACCUAGAGUUUGAUGCUUGCAUCCAGGACCUGGUGCGCUGUGUGGCUCUGACUAGGCUGGUAUAUGGGGAUGGACAUCUGAAACUAGCCCAGGCACAUGCCAGACUGGCUAAAGCAUAUUUCCAGUUCAAAGGCUGGGGACUGCAGGCCCAGGAGCACUCUGCCCUGGCCAGAGAGCUGCUGCCUUUCUGCUCCUCCAUCUCCUCCUGCAGAGGUGAAAAGCUUGAUGUUCUCCAGUGUGUCCUGAACGUGCACAUCACACAGGGAGGCGCUUCACUGCUUAAAGCCAAUCUUGAGGAGGCAGAAUCCUCUUUUCUGGAGGCAGAACAAGUUAUUGAGGAGCUUCAUCAACAGGGUGGCAUCAACCAGGAAGAGAAGAUGAAGACUGAGCUGGAAAUCUCCACGGGUCUAUCCAGGGUCUAUAGGAGACAGAACAGACCAGAGGAGGCCUUAAGCCAGUGUCAGAAGUCUCUGCAAGGGCUGAAGGACUGUGGUAAGCCAGAGAAGACAUGUUUGGUCUAUCGGGACAUGGCCGCCAUUGAAGAGGGCAAAGGUCAUUUGGACCGAGCCAUAGAGCAUCUCUCCAAGGCCCAUGCCGUUGCUAUGAGUCACAGCCCAAAGGAGCUGGAGGGGGCUCAGAUCUCCCACAGCCUGGCUCUCAUCCUUUCUGCUGCAGCAGAGCCCCACCACAAUGAUUCUGCAGGUCACUACUUUGAGCAGAGUCUAAGUGCAUACAAAAACUCUGCAGGAACACAGGAUCCAGCUUUUCUCACGACCCAGGAUGAUUUCUGUCGUUUCCUCCUACUCAGUGGCCAGCAAGAGAGAUGUGUGGAGAUCCAGAGAGCCUCUCUCGCUACAAAGAGAUCUACUUUUGGUGACCUGAGUGCUGAGGUAGCAGACACCCUUCAGCUGAUAGGAAGUGUGGAGAUGAGUGAGGGCAGGGUGACGCAGGCCCAUAGGACCAUGACAAAGUGCCUGAAGAUCCAGAGUUUGUUGUACAGUCCUCAGCACAAGAAGACCAAAGCUACACAAAAGGCUGUGGACAUGCUGGCGCGGGCACCAGAGGUGGCUGAGAGACAGCAGAGGCAUGGUAGAAGGAAAUCAAAACGUCACACACUUUCAGUUGUACCAUCUGCUGGGAAUGAUGGAAACUUAAUGUCUGACUCGUAAAAUUGAAUAUUGAAUAUUUUUAUAUUUUGUCAAUACAAUGAUCUUUCCGGUUUGGACCUAGAACUACUGACAUGUAGUUAAACAUUAAAGAAGUUUGUCUGUCUUUUAGAUCAGUGGUCCCCAACCACCGGUCCGGUCCGUGGGUCAUUUGGUACCGGGCCGCACAAAAAGAUUGAAUAAAAAAAUAUUUUAUUUUGAAAAA